AAAGCCGACGAAUCCUUUAUCCUCUAGGAAAAGAUGUGUUUAUGGACCAAUAGGGUGUAGAGGACGAGGUCCCGCCCACAAGGCACCGAGCCAAUCGGCUGGGAGCGGCGAGUGGGCCGGUGGCGGCUGCGCGUCCCAGUGGAGCCGCGCGGCAUGGCGGGCGGGGCUCGGGAGGUCCUCACGUUGCAGUUGGGACAUUUUGCGGGUUUCGUGGGAGCGCACUGGUGGAAUCAGCAGGAUGCUGCGCUGCGCGAAGCGACCGAUGCCAAGGAGACACCGGGGGAGCUGUGCCCCGACGUCCUGUACCGGACCGGCCGAACGCUGCACGGCCUGGAGACGUACACGCCGAGACUCAUCCUCAUGGAUCUGAAGGGUGAGGCGGUGGCCGGGGUCAGCCAAUGCCCACUUUCCCCUUCGCGUGCCAGUGGAAUCUCUAGCACCCACUCGCUUCAAGAUUCCCCGACCCUACUGGGCUGAAGGACAGAGAUGAGCCUAGGGAGAGCUGACCGCAACAUGCCAUCAGCCGCGGGACGCAAGAAGGCACAACCCUAUUCCGCUCCAGAGCCGCCUGUGAAAUGGGCUGCUGUCCCCGGAGACAGUGGUGUGUUGAACUGGCACUCCUGGAAGAUUGCUGGGUGUGCCCUUUGCUUCAGGUCCCACAGCGAAGGACAGGAUGGAAUCCAGAUUCUCUUAGGCCAGGGUGUUUCCCAACUCAUGUAUAUAUUCAAGAAAGUUUGGAAGUGCCAAGUGCUGGUGACAGCAGGUUGUCAGAUGAUGGGAUUAGCUGAAUGUGGGGGAGGGACU